AUGUCGCACAACAUGUCUCCAUCUCAGCAACCUCCUCCGCAGUUGCCUCAGCAUCCUCAGCAACCACAGCAGCAGCACCAACAACAACAACAGCCGCGACCACAUCCGCAUCUUCCUCAGCAACCACACCAGUCGCAUCAACCCAUGCAACCUGCUUCGCGUCCUUAUUCCCCAUACCAAAACGCUUCUUCUCCCACGGGAAUCGCCCUUCCUCCUGCCAAGAGACCACGCCUUUCGCCCAACCCUCAGUCACCGCACACAGCUCAAAGCCCGUAUCCUCCGCCGCCUGCUCUUCCCGAAAGUCCCUAUGGCAACUACUCCCCCAUGACGGCUGCCAGUCCACCCGCCUUCAACGCCCCUCAACCUUACACUCCUUCACCCAUGCCUGGUGCCAUGGGCCCUCCCCCACGGCCCACUCAGGAAAAGCCCGAAAAGGAGGACAAGGAAAAGAUCACAGAUAUCAGCGACGUCACCGAUGUCUUCCACGGUUCGGGUAUUGACUUGAGGGAGGAGGAAAACUACAUGACCAGCACCUAUAGAAACGUGCACAAGAACCCUUCUUUCAACUCGUCCUUCGGUUCAAACACAACUGUCGCUUCGCCAAACAAUAGCUUCGGUCUGGUCUCGCAAGGCUCUUUUGGAACACAGCCUGCUUUUGGAGGAAGUGGUCCCAUCUCUCAACCCACCAUGUCGGAGGAAUCCAUCCAGGAAGAGCUCGAUCGCAAACAUCGCGCUGCUGCGCUUGCCCUCAAUGAAAAGCGUCAACAACACCUGAACGAUCCUUUCUUGCAAGCCAACAACAUCCGUCACCGCAUGCACAGGAUAGCCUACGAUCAAGGUGUCGCUUUGAACGUGGAAGGCUUGUACGACAAGCUACCCGAACGUCCACCCGGUGUCCAGGGCGUCUCGGCAACUGGUCCCAACGGCACUGCUGCAGCCGUCAAAGCACAUGGUCUGCUUCAAGAGACUGCUCCUCUAGCUGAAAUUCUCACCUUGGUAUCACUUGCUGCAAACGAAAGAGUGCGUUCGCUUGUCGAUGAAUCAUAUGCCAUCGCACGUGGUAGACGCUAUGGUAGCCACGGAGUCGUCCCUCCGAAUCUGUCAGAUCUAGCUAUUGGCGACAACGAAUCAACAGCGGCCUCUGAGAUACCCCGCAUCACAAACUCGGCUUGGGAGAAGGUCCCUGAAGACAACCUCGAGGGAAUAGAGGGGGAUGGUAUGGCAAAGAAAGAAGCACCGGGAAUUAAAACACUACCGACAAAGUCAUUUACAUCAGCCAUCUCUACGCACUUGUUGGACUUGGCCAAACAAGAUCGUGAUGCCGAGCGCGAGCGAGUGCGCAAGCGCCAGGAACGUGCUAAGCGUGCCAAUUCAGCCGCCAAUGCCGACAGUACCAACGGCAUCGAUCCAGCAUCUGGACCUGCAACCCCUUCCACAGCAGCCGCCCCAGCUUCUGCAGAUGCUUCCGGCCAAGCUGCUCCAGAAAAGCCCAUGACGAAGAAAGAACGCGAACGACAGGCGAAGAUGGGUCAGACCGAAGAGGUUUUGCACAAGAACUCCAACAGCACUGCCGCUCUUCAAUUAGGUAUGGGUAAAAAGAAGAAGUACAGUUGGUUGACAGGCGGUGCACCAGCAACCGCAUCGAACCCUUACAAGCCAACUCCAAAGGCAGCAUCGGCCGGUUCAGCUGCGAACGGCGCGAGCGGCGGGCGAAGUUCCUCAAGUGGCGCCGGCGGUACUGAUAAGGCAUUGCAAGCACGCGAAAGGAAAUGGGGAAGCUGGAGAGAAGACGGCAUCGAGGGCAGAGGCAUUCAAGUCAGGGAUUGGGUUGUCGUCCUUGAGAGGGAUGGCAAGGAGAAGAAGGCUCUCCAGAAGAGCCUGCUGAAGCUCGACAGCUCUGGCGAAUAA